AUAGAUCACUUGAUUUUCACUGCUGAUCACCCUGAAGUAGGUGCUUAGUGUUAGUAUUAAGCUGUUUGCGCCGCUUUAUCAGUGGUGGACUUCAAACUGUACACUGUGACUUUGCUUUCACUUCCUCACUGCGAAAGGACCUCGAAGAGGACAGCACCCUCCAUCAUGGCUGCUGCUGCUGCCGUUACUCAAUCCACCAAAGGCAGCCUGAGGGAGGACCUGACAUGUGCCAUAUGUUGUGAUCUCUUCCGUGAGCCUGUCAUGUUGGCCUGUAUGCACCAUUUCUGCAAAGCUUGCAUAUCCAGGUAUUGGAGAGGAACACAGGGCCCUGUCACCUGCCCGCAGUGCCGCAAGGAGUUCAGCUCCAAGCAGUUUCAAACUAACUACCUUGUGGCAGCCAUGGUGGAGAAGGUCCGAGCCACUACCUCACAUGCUUACAUCAAGAACUUAGAGAAACAACUGAAGGAGACUUUGGAGCGCCAUCGCCUGAGGAAGCAGGACUUCAUCAACAGUAUUCACAGAGACAAAGAAAAGAUGAAUAUUAUAAAGAGAGUCGCGACAGAUCUUCAGGCUCGUGUCAAAAGUGAGUUCCAAGCUCUCCAUCAGAUCCUGCACGAUGAGGAAACCUGUGUGCUGGAGCAGCUGAGGAGGGAGCAGGAGGAGGAGCUGGUGAAAGUCCAGCACCACCUGGAGGUCUCAGAGCAGGCAGUAAAGGAGCUGGAGGACAACAUAAGAGCACUGCAAGAGGCUAGCGCUGCCAGUCAGGACAUUGUACCGGCUGAGCUCCCACAGCUAAGACCGUGUGUGCAGGUGGAUGUCGCCCCGGAGUUUGAUAUAAAUGCUUUCAGCAACAAAUACCUGGCUCCCUUACAAUACAUCACAUGGAGAAGGCUGUUCAAGUCUUUGAAACCAGGUCCAUCCCCACUGACGUUUGAUGUCGACACAGCACACCCGAGCAUUCAAGUCUCCAGGGACAAAACUGUGGUGGUCGAAUCUGACGUUAUAAACCACCACGCGGACAACAACAAGCGCUUCCUCCAGUGCGUCAACGUUCUGGCUGCACAGGGCUUCCAGUCAGGUCGACACUACUGGGAGGUAGAAGUGGGCUCCAGCCCUAAAUGGGAUCUGGGCGUGGCCUCGGAGAACGUAGACAGGCGCGCUCGGAUCAAGCUCAGCCCAGAAAGCGGCUACUGGACUCUGCGGCUGCGUAACGGGAACGAGUACUCGGUGGGAACGCAGCCCUGGAGGAGGCUGCAGGUCAGAUGUUCCCCACAGAGGCUCGGGGUUUUCUUGGAUAGUGACGAGAGGAGGGUCUCCUUCUACAACGCCGAUGACAUGAGUCUGCUCUACUCGUUUGCCAACGGGCCGAGGGACAAGGUGUUCCCCUUCUUUAGCCCGUGCAUUAGCGACAGCCGCCUCAAACCUCAGCCUAUCAAGCUCCUCCACUACCCUCCUGCUGCUCUGUCCGUGUGACAUCGCUGCAGUCAAUCAGUGCUUUUCACAUAAGAUGGUUAUCAGUCAGCAUUUACAUGCCAUUAUUUGAAGCAGUGUGGCAUAAAAAAGUGAUUAAUUCUGCAGCUGUUUUUGUAUUUUCCACAAAUUUCUUUCUUGAUUUUGCCAGAUGCUGUUUUCUAUCUUAAAAGCUUUACGUUGUUAUGAAAAUGGUCUUUUUCAUCAAAGCAAAAAAGAAAAAAAUCCACUUUGUUGUAAUCAUUUUGCCAAGGCUCAUGCAGUUUGUAGCACCAGUUAUCUUCUAUUAAAACAGUGUUUAAGCUUUGAUGCAUCAGAAUAUAUGAAUGGCAUACUCUGCCUGAAAUGAUAGGUCAUUUAUCUACAUCUAUUAAACAUUUCAUAGAAUAGUUAUCAGGUCAGACUAUCCUUAGGCCAAGUUCAGUCAGUAUGAGGGGUUAUUUUGCACUUAUUGCAAGAUUUUGUAUUUGUUUUUGUACAGGAUCUGCUUAUUCAUCAAUAUUCAUUAUAUAUGUGUGCCUAUAAUUUUGAAGCUGUGUCAUGGGUUUAAUUGCCUUAGCUCAGGAAAAUACUGAAGUAGUCUCCAGCCUAUGCAGUCUAAUCCACAUUGUCACUGCAUGUUCUUGUGUACUUACAUUGAAUGCAUAUUCAGUCAUUUCCUUCCCUUGUAUAUAAAGUGCUUAUGCAAAUAAACCAAAUCACUUUCUCUUCUCAAA